CCCAACUCAUAUGGAAACGGGGUUUGUACGUAACAAUGUUAAUAUUAUACAUUAAAUAAAAAAAGACAUGUAAUGAUAAAGAUAGUAGUGUAGGUAGUUUAUACAGUAAUACAUGUAUAAAUCAAUCCAACAACAAAGGGGUAAAGGUGACAUAAACACUGUUGUGUAAUAAAUACAUACAAUAUAUAUUUUAUAUAUUAAAGCAGACAUUGUAUGGUUAAUAAUUACAUAUAAAACUGACACGAUGAAGUCCACGUUCAUUAGCAUCUGUGACCUUUUUUAAAACGCUGGCACGCAUGCACAAGCACACGCACAUUGGGGGUGUGUACAGCUGCUACUUCCUGCUCAAAGCUCAAAGUCCAUCGAACAGAAAGGAGACACACAGACGCCACACAGAAGAAAAUAACUUUUCUAAGCGGUUCCAUCAGUGACAUUUCACAAGAAGAAGAAGAAGAAGCUGCUUGGAUCCAUAGUAGAAAUUCAAAGUCCCUAAUGGAUUGUACCUGAGGCCCAACAGGAGGGAGAAUCCAGAGAGUCAGCGGUCAGAACCCGGAGCGGCCAUCUUGGGCCAAUAGGCGGCGCCCCCUGUCUGCCAGCAUGGAACCUCACGUGCACGGCGAGAAGGAGGCGCUGCAGCAGUUCUUUGGUGGUCGGGAUGUGAGUCACGUUCUGGACAGUUCUGUAGCCGUGGAUACCAGCAUCCUGGAGCGCUACCUGAGCAGUGACUUGGACCCGAACACUUUCGCGCUUCCUGACUCCCCACCUGACUCCGAGGCCUGCUCUCCUGAGCAGAUCCCAGACCCCGCCUACAUCCCUCCUGAUCUCCCGCUGAGCCACAACCCCGCCUCGUCUGUGGUCAGGUGUGCGUCCUCAGCGGUCCCGCCCACACUGCACUCAGGUGGACACUUGCUGCCUUCAGAUAGAUGUUGCCUUCCUUCGCCGCCCACGUACGGCGUCCCCUGGACGGCUUCGGCCCCGCCUGCAUCCACCAGUUUGCCAGGCUCCGCCUCCCUACUGCGGACCAGCGCUCCUGUCAGUAAAAGAAGACGAAGCGGCUCGCAGGACUCUUCAGCGGAACCGGAGACGAGCAGCAGAGACGCGGCCUGCGGAGGACAAGGUUUGAGCGGCUUGUUGACGUGGGAGAAGUUCCGUCCUGGGGAGUGGAACACCGCCAUGGACGUCAGCUUCCAGACGCUGGGUCCUCCCGUCUUCCUGGUGGACACAGACAAGGGUUUCAACUACUCGCCAGCUGACGACGCCUUCGUCUGCCAGAAAAAGAACCACUUUCAGGUCACAGUUCACGUGGGCGUUGCUACAGAGCCGAGCUACAUACCCACGUCCCACGGCGUGCAGCAGGUGGACCACUUCCUCGUCAAGGUGUUUGGGAUCAAGUUGGAAGCUCCCGAGCAACAUGUGACCAUCGAGCAGUCUCAGGCCGACCGCAGCAAGAAACCUUUGCGACCCGUCAGGGUGGCUCUGAGCGGCGGCGGGAUUAGCAAAGUGACGUUAGGACGCCUCCACUUUAGCGAGACCACUGCCAACAACAUGAGGAAGAAGGGACGACCCAACCCGGACCAGCGAUAUUUUCAGAUGGUGGUGGGCUUGUAUGCCGCCAUCAGGGAGGAAGAAGAGGAGAAGUCAUUCCUCAUGGCCGCCCUCGUGUCAGAGAGACUCAUCAUCAGGGCUUCAAACCCAGGUCAGUUUGAGAUGGAGAGCGACACCUUGUGGCAGCGCGGGGCGGCGCAGGACGCCGUGAUUUGUCACGGCCGAGUGGGCAUCAACACGGACACCCCAAAAGAGGCGCUGGUCGUCUGCGGCAACGCCACCGUCACAGGGAGCCUCAUGCGGCCGUCGGACCAGCGGGCCAAGGAGAAUAUUCAGGAGGUGGACCCAGAGAAGCAGCUGAAGAACAUUACGCAGAUGAGACUGGUGGAGUUCGACUUCAAGCCUCAGUUUGCUUCCAGCAUGGGGAUAGACCACGCCCACCAGACAGGUCUCCUCGCUCAGGAGCUGAAGGAACUCCUGCCAUCGGCCGUCAAGGAGGUGGGCGACAUCACGAGUGGCGACGGCCAGAAGAUCGAGAACUUCCUGGUGGUGGACAAGGAGCAGAUCUUCAUGGAGAACGUGGGUGCCGUGCAGCAGCUUUCCAAAAUGACCGACAACCUGGAGAGCCGCGUCACCGAGUUGGAGGUGUGGAAGCGACGCCUCGCCAAGCUCAAGAGCCUGACAGGAAGCCUGCGGUCCACCAGCACCGCGUCCAGGAAAGAAAGCACUGUGUCGGCCUCGCAUGCUUUUCACGUACCAACAAAAUCAUCCACCACCGGCGACGGCGGCCAUUGCGUGCCGCACAGAACCUUCCAGGCCUGCAUCUUCACGCUGUGCAUCACCGUGGCAGUUUGCAGCAUCACUAUCGGCGCCUUCUACCUGCUCAGCCUAUCAAAGCAGAGCGACAUGUCUGCAGGCGCCAGUAACAGCAGCGAACUUCCUGUGACAACCACGGCCAGCAGCAGUUCAGCCUCACCCACAUCCCCUUCGUGGCCCACCGUGCCCUGGCCCCCCGACGUGCACUUCUGCGACUUGCUCUACUGCGACACGGUGUACUGCUGCCCCUCUCCACCUGGGGGUCGCCGCAACGCCAACGUCACCUCCAGCCAAUCAGGCGAGGGCGAUGGAGCAGGCACAAACAAAGACGAUUUUUUCCAGAAGUUCCUAAGUGCCAGAGACUGGACAAACACCAGCAUGGAGUCUUUCAUUUAUUGAUUGAUUCUUUUAUUAGUAGAUUGCACAGUUCAGUACAUAUUCCGUACAAUUGACCACUAAAUGGUAACAUCCGAAUAAUUUUUUCAACUUGUUUAAGUCGGGGUCCACGUUAAUCAAUUCAUAGUAUAAAUAUAUUCUAUCAGCAUAAUACAGUCAUCACACAAGUUAAUCAUCAGAGAAUAUACAUUUAAUUAUUUACAUUAUUUACAAUCCGGGGGGUGGGAUGAAGAAGGUUUGGUUGAUAUCAGUACUUCAGUCAUCAACAAUUGCAUCAUCUAAGAAAUGGACAUUGAAACAGUGUAGGUCUGACUUGGUAGGAUAUGUACAGCCAGCAGAGAACAUAGUGAGUUCAGAUAGCAUAAGAACAAGAAUAUACAUUAGAAAUACAUUUGAUUAUUUACAUUAGGUUAUUUACAAUCAGAGGAGAUGGGAUGUGGAUGGAGGAGGGUAUUAGUAAAGGGUUGUAGUUGCCUGGAAGUCUUGUUUUAGUGCGGUUUUGAAGGAGGAUUACUCAGUGGCCCAGUGGUUAGAGUGUACGCCCUGACAUCAGUAGUUCGUGAGUUCAAAUCCCGGCCGAGUCAUACCAAAGACUAUAAAAAUGAGACCCAUUAUCUUCCUGCUUGGCACUCAGCAUUAAGGGUUGGAAUCGGGGGUUAAAUCAUCAAAAAUGAUUCCCGGGCGCAGCACCGCUGCUGCCCACUGCUCCCCUCACCUCGCAGGGGGUGAUCAAGGGUGAUGGGUCAAGUCCAGAGAAUAAUUUUGCCACAUCUAGUAUGUGUGUGUGUGACAAUCAUUGGUACUUUAACUUUAUAGAGAUGCACUUACUUUUACACCUGUUGGGAGUGCAUUCCACAUUGAUGUGGCAUAAAAGGAGAAUGAGUUAAGACCUUUGUUAGAUCGGAAUCUGGGUUUAACGUGGUUUGUGGAGCGCCCCCUGGUGUUGUGGUUAUGGCGGGAAGUAGUUUGACAUGUACUUCGGUAUCAGGGAGGUGUAACGGAUUUUAUAGACUAGGCUCAGUGCAAGUUGUUUUACUCUGUCCUCCACCCUGAGCCAGCCCACUUUGGAGAAGUGGGUAGGAGUAAGGUGUGAUCUGGGGUGGAGGUCUCGAAGUAACCUGACUAGCUUGUUCUGGGAUGUUUGGAGUCUAGAUUUGAGGGUUUUGGUGCAAGGCUAAUCGAAAAAGGGUUGAACCAGAGUUCCCGCUAGAUUCUUCAAGGUGCUUUUGUUGACCAGAGAGGAGAUUCUGUGAAGAAAUCUUGUUCUUUGGUUGACGUUUUUGAUUACCUUGGUUGCCAUUUUAUCACAGGAAAGAUUAGCCUCUAGAAUGGAACCUAGAUAGGUGAUCUCAUCUUUCCUGGUGAUAACAAUGUCACCCACUUUUAUAGUGAAGUCACUGACUUUCUUAAGGUUGAUACGGGACCCAAAUAGGAUGGAUUCCAUUUUACCUAAGUGUAUGAAUCGCUUGUUGUCAGCGAGCCAGGUGCAAAUAUUAAGGAGUUCAGCACUGAGGAUUUUUUCCACCUGUGACUAGUCCUUGCCGGAUACCAACAGGGCCGAAUCAUCCGCAAACAGGAACAAUUCACAGUCGCAUGCUGAUGGCUUGUCAUUUACGUAUAUUAGGAACAGUAAAGGUCCUAGUAUACUGCCUUGGGGGACUCCACGGCUUACUGAGGUGAGGGGGGAAACACACGGUGCUGUUCACUUCUACCACCUGUGCCCUCCCCUUCAAGUAAGAUUGCAUCCAGCUCGAUGAGGUUUUAUCGAAUCCGAUUGCUCUGAGCUUAUCCAACAGUAUAGCUGUUCUUAAGCGCCAGAGACUGUAAUCUCAACAUUUUGUAAUUUGUACCGCUUGAACAGGAUGUCUUAAAAAUGUGUGUCUCUCAGGGACAAACACCAGCAUGGAGUCUUUCAUGAUCAAGGAGAACCAGCAGGUGAUUGACAGGCGCUACUGUGUGAGAGACGAGUGCGGGUAAGUGUGCAAAACUCUACAAACGCGAUCUUUGUCUCAAAAGUCGACACUCGUCCACUUCAGACCAGACAGGUUCGUGUUCCAGAUCCCCAUCAGCCCGUUUGUCCCCGUCAACAUGCGAGUGACGCUCCUCAUGAAGUGAGCAAGGCAGCUUAGCUUUAGCGUGUUUGUUAGCUUUUCCACGGCC